AUGACAACGGUUCAGAAGCAGGAACUGUCUGUCUUUGAUGACCACUCGACACUUUCCAAAGCGUUGUUCGAGCAGGGCGAGCACCACGUUCUUUUUGUAACAAGUAAGCUUGGGACAUCUCCCCCAUGGCUAAUAAAUGCUUUAGUGGAAACACAGGUUUUUGGAGCUCCUCUGACACUGAACGAAUCGAGCUCUAGCGCCGCUAAUAGAGCCCACAGCCGCUUGCCUAUUGCGAACAGUGACAAGAAGGCAGCAAUUAUCGCAUCAUGGUUACACAGCAGUGACUAUUUCCACUCGGCCCUUGGCAAGCUCAAAAUUGACCAAAACAGAUACCAAGUCCAUGACUAUUUAACCGACUUUGUGUUAAAAAACCACGAUAAGCCGGCCAGCAAAGUUCUCAAGUCGCUAAUACAAGAAUUGACUAUGCAAUCGGCUACUGAUUUACUCAUCCUGGAGCAACCGGAAUUACUUAUGCAUUUACUAAACAUUACUAGCGAUGUGCUUCACUUGGACUUUAUCAACCCUUUGACGAGAAUUAUACCUGUGGUAGUAAUUGUAAGUUAUACAGAGUCUUACGACAACCCAGGUGCUGAUUCAACGGAAAGGCUUUCCCCGGACAUGAUUGAACAGAUUAGGUUUCUGAACGGCUGUUUCUUCAAAAGUAUCGUUGUCUUUGGGAUUAAACCAUUGAUGACAGGCCGGGCUAAAGAUAUUACCGGCACGCUUACCAUCUCCAGAGGCGGAGCUUCGCUCUCACAUCUUCCUAUAAACGUGGCCGAAAAUGAAUAUUUGUUCCACACUCAAAAGGACGCUACCAAGCUUUUUUAUCGAUGA